AGACACAGUAGUCUCCGCGAUCCUGCCUCACUAUGGGGAAAGACAGGCUUCCUCAUUCAAUUCUUAGUCUACUCCUCCUCGCCUUGUGUUCCACCAAUGCCUCAGACUCUGCAGAACCCCAGUAUAUGGUGCUGGUCCCCUCGCUGCUCCACACCGGGUCGGGACCUGGGAAAGGCUGCCUCCUGCUGAAGUUCUUGAAUGAGUCAGUGACUGUUAGUGCUUCACUGGAGUCUGCCACAGGAAACCACAGUCUCUUCACUGACCUGGUGGCUGACAAGGAUUUAUUCCAAUGUGUCUCCUUCCCAGUCCCCAGGAUCUCAUCCUCUUCAGAGGUGGUAUUUCUCACUGUUCAGAUAAAGGGACCAACGCAACACUUCUGGAAGAAAAAAGCAAUAUUGGUAAAAGAGGUUGAAAGUCUGGUCUUUGUUCAGACAGACAAAGCCAUCUACAAGCCAGGGCAGACAGUAAAAUUUCGCAUUGUCUCUGUGGAUGAUACUUUUCGACCCCUAAAUGAACUGAUUCCACUAGUAUUCCUUGAGAACCCAAAGAGAAAUAGAAUCGGACAAUGGCAGAGUGUCACUCUGAAGCAUGGCCUCCAAGAACUAGCCUUUCCUCUCUCCUCAGAGCCCAUUCAGGGCUCCUACAAAUUGGUGGUGCAGAAGGAAUCUGGCCAAAAGAUAGAGCAUCCCUUCACAGUGGAGGAAUUUGUGCUUCCCAAGUUUGAGGUCAAAGUCCUAGUACCAAAGAAAAUCAGUAUUAUGGAUAAAGAAGUGAACAUAUCAGUGUGUGGAAUAUACACCUAUGGAAAACCUGUUCCAGGACAGGCAAGUGUAAGAAUUUGUAGAAAAGUAUCUCAUAUUCCUGCUAUUUGUGAAACUGCAAAGAUAUGUGAAGAAUUUAGUCAACAGCUUAAUAGCAAUGGCUGCAUCACUCUUCAAGUAAGAACGAACCUUUUCCAGAUUAAAAAUACAGGGUAUGCAAAAACUCUUGAAGUGGAAGCCAAGAUUAAAGAAGAGGGAACAGACCUAGAAUUUACUGGAAGUGGGACCAGUGAAAUCACAGAUACUGUAACAAGGCUCAAGUUCGUGAAAGUGGAUUCACACUUUAGACGAGGAAUUCCUUUUUCUGGACAGGUGCUUCUGGUGGAUGGAAAAAAUGUACCCAUACCGAAUAAACCUAUCUCCAUCUCUGCAAGUGAAGUCAAAUAUAACUUCGAUGCAACUACCAAUGAGAAGGGUCUCGUAGAGUUUUCAAUAAACACAACCAAUAUCUUGGAUGACACACUUUCUCUCACGGUAAGCAAUAAAUAACCUAGGUGUUUUAACUAUGUAUGGUAUCAAGAACAACACUACUCAGUUCAACAUACUGCCACACAUGUUUUUUCCCUCAGUGAGAGUUACCUUCAGUUAGAAUCUACGGCGGAUACCCUUCCCUGUGGCCAAGUACAAAGUAUCACGGCUUACUACAUACUCAAUGGGAAGGUCAUCGGAGAAUUGUCAGAACUUGUGUUCUAUUACCUGAUCAUGGCUAGAGGAGGUAUCAUUAGAUCAGGAUCAUAUACUCUGCCUCUACAGGCAGGAGAAAUGAAAGGCAGUUUUUCCUUAUCCUUCCCCGUGGAGUCAGACAUUGCUCCCAUUGCACGAUUGUUCAUCUUUACCAUUUUACCAAAUGGAGAAGUUGUUGGAGAUUCAAAGAAAUUUGAGAUUGAAAAUUGUCUAGCCAACAAGGUGAAUUUGAAGUUCCUCCCAGCACAGGGUCUUCCUGCCUCCCAGGCCCGCUUACAGGUCACGGCUUCUCCUGAGUCCCUCUGCGCCCUUCGAGCUGUUGACCAGAGCGUGUUGGUCAUGAAGCCUGAGGCAGAGCUUUCUGCAGCCACGGUAUAUAGUCGACUAACUAUGAAGGAUCUUACUGAUUUCCCUACAAAUUUGGACCAGCAAGAAGAACAAACUGUUUGUAUCAACCAUCCUAAUAUCCUUCAUAAUGGAGCCAUCUAUGUUCCCUUGAAAAAUUUUAAUGAAGAUGAUAUGUAUAGCUUCCUAAAGGGUAUGGGAUUAAAGGUGUUCACCAACUCUAAAAUCCGAAAAUCUCAGCCAUGUUCAAUGAACCGUCUUCAAUCACAUCAACCAUCAAUGUCAAUGGUGCGAGGAGGAGCUGCAGUACUAGAUCGUUCAUACAGCCCUCAAUAUGACGCAUAUGACGACAUAGAUUCUAAUAAAAACACAGAGAGUCCAGAAAAAUUUAUUGAAACAGUGAGGAGUUAUUUCCCUGAGACCUGGAUCUGGGAUUUGGUGGCAUUGGACUCGUCUGGUGUGACUGAAUUGGAAGUAACAGUGCCUGACACCAUCACCGAGUGGAAGGCAGGGGCCCUCUGCCUGUCCCAGGACACCGGGCUGGGUCUCUCCCUUCCCGCCUCUCUCCGAGCCUUCCAGCCCUUCUUUGUGGAGCUGACGAUGCCCUACUCUGUGAUCCGGGGAGAGGCCUUCACCCUCAAGGCCACUGUCCUGAACUACCUUCCCAAAUGCAUUCGGGUCAGUGUGCAACUGCAUCCGUCUCCAGCCUUCCUAGCAUCCCAAAGUGAGAAGAACGAAGAAUCCUAUUGCAUCUGUGUAAAUGAGCGGCAAACCUGGUCCUGGACAGUAACUCCUAAAACUCUAGGUAACACAAACUUCUCCGUGAGCGCAGAGGCGAUACAGUCCUCAGAACUGUGUGGGAAUGAGGUUGCUGAGGUCCCGGAGAUGGGUAGGAAGGACACAGUCAUCAAAACCCUGUUAGUGGAGCCCGAAGGAAUUGAGCAAGAAAAGACUUUCAACUCCAUGAUUUGUGCUUCAGGUACUGAAAUAGCUGAGCAGUUAUCCCUAAAACUUCCACCCAACGUGGUCAAAGAAUCUGCCAGAGCCUCUUUCUCAGUUUUGGGUGACAUACUUGGUUCUUCUAUGCAAAACACACAGAAUCUCCUUCAGAUGCCUUAUGGUUGUGGAGAACAGAACAUGGUCCUAUUUGCUCCCAACAUAUAUAUCUUGAAUUAUCUGAAUGAAACACAACAACUGACUCCAGAAAUCAAAUCAAAGGCCAUUGGUUAUCUCAUCAAUGGAUACCAGAGACAGCUAAACUACAAACAUGAAGAUGGUUCCUAUAGCACCUUUGGGCAGCAAUAUAGCAGGAAUCAGGGCAACACUUGGCUCACAGCCUUUGUGCUGAAGACCUUUGCCCAGGCUCGAGCUUACACCUUCAUCGAUGAAGCGCACAUCAGCCAAGCCCUCGCCUGGCUCUCCCAGAAGCAGAAGGACAACGGCUGUUUCCAGAGCUCGGGGACGCUGCUCAACAAUGCCAUAAAGGGAGGAGUAGAGGACGAAGUGACCCUCUCUGCCUAUAUCGCAAUUGCGCUUCUGGAGAUACCUCUUCCAGUCUCUCAUCCUGUUGUCCGCAAUGCCUUGUUUUGUUUGGAGUCCGCCUGGCACACAGCUAAGGAGGGGACCCAUGGCAGUCACGUCUAUACCAAGGCACUGUUGGCCUAUGCUUUUGCCCUAGCGGGAAAUCAAGAGAAGAGAAGAGAAAUACUCAACUCUCUUGACAAGGAAGCUAGGAAAGAAGACAACUCAGUCCACUGGGAGCGACCUCAGAAACCCAAGGCACCAGUGGAUCAAUUUUACCAACCCCAGGCUCCCUCGGCUGAGGUGGAGAUGACGUCCUACGUGCUCCUGGCUUACCUCACAGCCCAGCCUGCCCCGACCUCAGAGGAGCUGACAUCUGCCACCAACAUCGUGAAGUGGAUCACAAAGCAACAGAAUUCACAAGGGGGCUUCUCCUCCACCCAGGACACUGUGGUGGCUCUCCAGGCUCUGUCCAAAUACGGGGCAGCCACUUAUACCAGGACUGAGAAGGCUGCGCAAGUGACCAUUCAGAAUUCUCAGGACUUUUCCACAAAGUUCCAAGUGGACAACAGCAACCUCCUUCUCCUGCAGCAGGUCCCAUUGCCAGAGCUGCCAGGGGAGUACCAUGCAACAGUGACUGGGGAGAGAUGUGUGUAUCUGCAGACCUCCAUAAAGUACAAUAUUCUUCCAACGAAGGAGGAAUCCCCAUUUUCUUUGGAGGUACACACUGUGCCCCAAACUUGUGAUGGACCCAAGGCCCAGUCCAGCUUCCAGAUAUCACUGAACAUCAGUUACAGAGGAAGUCGUCCUGUCUCUAAUAUGGUGAUUGCUGAUAUAAAGAUGGUGUCUGGGUUUAGUCCCUUGAAACCAACAGUGAAAAUGCUUGAAACAUCUAGUAAGGUGAGCAGGACAGAAGUGAACUCCAACCACGUCCUCAUCUAUGUGGACCAGGUGACAAAUCAGACAGCAAACUUUUCCUUUAUGGUUCAAGAAGACGUCCCAGUACGAGACAGAAAGCCAGCAGUCGUUAAAGUCUACGAUUACUAUGAAACAGACGAGUUUGCUGUUGCUGAAUAUACCACCCCUCACAGUGCAGAUGCAGAAUAUGGGAAUGCUUAAGAACAAUUUGAGAGUUACAUAUUUUUUCUGGAUUCCCUAUUUCAUACUUCUAUUUAAAAAUAAUGGAGUUGUGAACAGAAGGGAAUGCCCUGC